AUGGAAAAUCCACCUCGUCCACGGCCUUUCAAGAAGGCCGAGGGCAGUUCCGGCCGACUGCGGCCGGUGUCGGACCCCCUGGAAAGCGUGGGCUUCCCCUCCAAGGGCGACAAGACGUUGCUGGACCACAAGGCGCAAGAGGACUACUACAACAAGAUCGUGGAACGGUAUAUGCGGUUUUGUGCCCAGCAUUCGCAUGACCUCGAUGCGGCAUUGAAUUCGCUCCCUACAAGCUCUUCGGCCGACGCCACCAGGAAUCCGCCUGCCCCUACUUCUUCUACCCCCCCGCCUCCUCCUCCUCGUCGUUCUUCGACAGAAUCUCAGGGCGCCAAGUCAGGGCCCCAGACUCCGUCUCCGCAACGAGGGCAAGAUGAGGAGCAUCGCCCGGCGCGAUCGCCGGCCGCAGAACUGUCUACACUCCUCCUCUCGCUUCGCAAACUCCGGGAAGCGAUUCUAGCCACGUCCUCCACGACGCCGGUCCUCUUUGCACAGAGAGUGCACAUAUUCUCAAUUCGACUCUCCAUCCUGGCACGCCAUCCACCGUCCUACUUCCCCUCCCUGCGUUAUCUGCUCGACCACUUGCACACCGCCGCCCAUCCACUCACAGCGUCCGAACUCACGGAGUUCACCUCCUACCUGAUUCUGGACUAUGCGUGUCGACAGAACAAUAUGGCCGCGGCCUAUGCGCUAUGGGUCCGUGCCAGAGCCAAACAUGGCUUCCAGUCCGUGUUCGUGGAGCGUGUUCUCGCGGCGCUCAUGCACGAUAACUGGGUAUUAUUCUGGCGGACUCGCAAAGCGGUGGACGGAUAUAUGCGCGCGGUGAUGAACUGGGCUGCAGACGACGUUAGGAGGCGGGCUCUCAAGGCGAUCGGGAGGACGUACAUGACCGUGAAUGUUCACUGGCUGGUGGAGAACUGCACGGGGGAGGAAGGUUGGACAUGGGAGAAGCUCGUGGAGACGGAGAACCUCGGAUGGCAGAGGGAAGGUGAUUUGAUUCGGAUUCGGAAGCCGAAGUCCAGGACUUGA